CACUGUAAUCGCAAUGUGGGGACGCCGGGCCUGGGGCUCCUGGGAGACUCGGUUUUUAGGAAAGUUUACGUCUGGACUCCGGGGCCCAAGAGCCGAGCGUCCCAGGGUCGCCUCGUGGGCGGUUUACUCAGAAAAUAAACUCAGUUGGUCUCUGCGAAUUAAACCACAAGUUUUCAGUGAAUACAAAACCAUGUGGUUUAAACCUUGUAGGAUGACUUUUUCCUAUUUGAAUAAAAUAAAAAAUUACAGGUCCCCUUGGAAAAAAUCAUACAGUACUUCACAAACCACUGUCGACAGCAGUGAGGUGAAAACCUUCAGGGCCCUGGCUGACAAGUGGUGGGAUGAGCAAGGAGUCUAUGCACCUCUUCACUCUAUGAAUGACCUGAGGGUGCCAUUCAUUAGAGACAAUCUUUUGACAACACUUGCCAAUCACCAGCCAGGAAAACCUUUGUCUGGGCUGAAGAUUCUCGAUGUUGGCUGUGGUGGUGGAUUAUUAACUGAACCUCUAGGGCGGCUAGGAGCUUCUGUUACUGGAAUUGAUCCUGUGGAUGAAAACAUUAAAAUAGCACAACACCAUAAAUCAUUUGAUCCAGUUCUGGAUAAGAGGAUAGAGUACAGAGUGUGUUCCCUGGAGGAGAUUGUGGAAGAUUCUGCAGAAACUUUUGAUGCUGUCAUAGCUUCUGAAGUUGUAGAACAUGUGAUUAAUCUGGAAGCAUUUGUACAGUGCUGUUGUCAAGUGUUGAAACCUGGUGGUUCUUUAUUUAUUACUACAAUCAACAAAACACAGAUGUCCUAUGCCCUGGGAAUUGUAUUUACAGAGCAAAUUGCAGGUAUUGUACCAAAAGGUACUCAUACAUGGGAGAAGUUUGUUUCACCUGAGACACUAGAGAGCAUUCUGGAAUCUAAUGGUUUCUCAGUUCAGACUGUGGCAGGAAUGCUCUAUAACCCCUUCUCAGGUUACUGGCAUUGGAGCGACAGCACCAGCAUUAACUAUGCAGCUCAUGCUGUAAAAUCCUUGGCACAGGAGCAUCCGGGGCCUGCUGAGUUUGUUUUCAAGGGUGAAACAGAAGAGCUCCAUGCUAACACAUCCAGCAGUCCAGGUGUUCAUGAACAGCUAAAGAAAUGAAUUGUUUUUGAGGAUUGGAAUAGCAUGGCUGAAAAGUCUGCUUAUAAGUUUAAAAAGACAUACAAAAAUUUCAGUUCAUCUUUGGAGAGAAAAUCAUGAAAUAAAGGCCAACCAAAAAGGCUAAAUCUU